AUGGGCAACAUACCGCAAGAACAGAGAGCAGCCGUCCGGCACGGCGAAGGUGGCGAUGCCACUGCGCCCGUGAAAAGCGUUCCUGUACCGCAGGAGCCAGGUCCAGGCCAGAUUCUCGUCAAGAUCAAUUGGAGUGGUCUUUGUGCAAGUGACAAGAGCCUUCUUCAUGACGAGUGGGCCAGCUUUGGUAUCAAGAUGAUGGAACAAACCAACGGCAUCGCCGGCCACGAAGGCGCUGGGGAAGUCGUGGCAGUGGCACCUGACGUUGCCGACAUCUGGAAAGUCGGCGAUCGUGCUGGCGUCAAAUGGGUGGUCUCAAUUUGCCGCAACUGUGAGUUCUGCACGAACGGCACAGACGAGCUGCACUGUCCGAAACAGCUCAAUUCGGGAUUCUCUACACCUGGCACAUUCCAGGAGUACUGCUUGACUGAUGGACGUUAUGCCACGAGGAUCCCGCAAGGUGUGCUUGACGAGGAAGCUGGACCCAUCAUGUGUGGCGGCGUCACGGCCUACACUGCUUGCAAGCGCAGUGCCGUGAAGCCUGGGCAGUGGCUCGUUGUCCUUGGUGCCGGUGGCGGGCUCGGUCACUUCGGUGUCCAGUACGGCAAGGCAAUGGGUAUGAGAGUCAUUGCCGUCGAUGGUGGCGAGGAGAAAGGCAAGCUAUGCAAGGACCUGGGAGCUGAGGAGUACAUCGACUUCACUCAAGUCGAAAACAUUCCAGCGGAAGUCCUGAAGCUCACGACAUACGGUGCUCAUGGAGCCAUUGUCUUCGCUGCAGCUGCGGCAAGCUACAAGGUUGCUCCAGAACUCCUUCGUCCUGGUGGCACUGUCGUUGCAGUCGGUCUCCCAGUGGAUACAAGUGUAAUCUGUGGAGCUCCGCCAGUUGCGCUGGCAAUGAAGAGGUUGAACAUCGUUGGUAGUGUCACUGGCACGCUCAAGGACGUCGAAGAGGCUCUUGACUUUUGUGCUCGUGAUCUGGUACACCCAAUACUAACGAAGGGUUCUCUUGACGAUAUCGACAAGUUCUGUAGGUUGAUGAAAGAGGGUAAGCUGCCAGGACGUGCAGUCUUGAAAGUAGCGGCUUAG